AUUGCGAAAUAGAAACGGAAGUGACCACCUGACGGGAAUAGCGCGUCGCGUAACGCCGCCAGCUCCCAGUGCGACCGCUAUCACCGUGCGCGCGCGCCGAUAACCCUGUCUAUCACGCGCGAAAAUAACCCAGUCUUCCCCUAGCCGUGGUCCAGCCACGACUGCCCGCGCCUCCGCCCCGCUUCGCCUUUUAUACCCGCCAGAGGGAUGGCGUCCGUGCGCACGCGUUCCGCAUCCCCUAAGUCUGUCUCGUUCUCCCCCGUGCUCGAACGGAAGUACAGCAUCGACCGAGCGCCGUCGAGUCCGCCCGAGCUGAAGAGCCAGGAUUGGAGGAAAUACUUUACCGACUUCAGCGCGUAUCUUGAUGCGCUUCUCGCCGACCUCCAGAACUCGAUAAACCCCGGCGCCCGCGUGGGCAGCCCGGGCCGCACCGGGUCCCCCGGCGGCCGCACCGCCUCGCCCGGCGGCCGCACAGCUUCCCCAGGAGGCCGGACGAGUUCUCCUGGAGGCCGAAGCUCGCCCGGAGGCAGCUUGAGCUCGCCUACGUCUACGGGAUACGGCUCGAUCCUAAAUGGCUCGAGGAAUACGGAUUAUAAUAAAUCUAGUUCGCCUACAUACCAGAACACGGGCUCACUAGAAAAGGUCAUCCCAGUAAAGUACACCAACAGUACAUCCGGCUACGGCGGCCACACGCCGUACUCGACGGGACAGGCCGGCUACGGCAGGACGACAGGGCCUCGCGGGAAUCUCUCCGAGUUGGACACCCUACUCGACGACCUGAGCAACGCGAGAUAUGGCAGCUAUGGUGACAAGACUCCCACUAGUGAAAGAGAUGGCUAUGCGCGCACCAACGGUGCAGCCAGCCCGGCGUCUGCGCGGCCCACCGUCGAUUCGCUGCUCGACCAGCUCAGCACAGAUCUGCACAAUGGACGAUCAUCGACAUCGCCGGUACCACCAGCAGGCUCCCUGCCCCGCCCAGGCACCAAACAUGUCACCGUCACCGUUCAGGAGACGGUUGUGGAGCCUGCGGCGCCCGCCGUGGCUGCGCCGGCACACAGCACCACGGUUACACGGCACCACGCCUCCAGCGCCACGAGAGAGCUGGACGAUCUCAUGGCGUCCUUGUCUGACUUCAAGGUGAGCGGCUCAGGAGGCGAAGGUGGAACACACGUGUACCGGGAGAAGCGCGCCUGGCAGGAGCACUACCGCAGCAGCCCGCGGCAACCCGAAUCCGCCUCCCUCGAGCAUAUGCUCGGAUCCCUGCGGGCAGACAUGAGCCGCCAAGGAGUCCAGACCCCCCAAAAGGGAUGCUGCAACGCGUGCGAGAAACCCAUCGUCGGACAGGUGAUCACGGCGCUGGGCCGCACGUGGCAUCCCGAGCACUUCACGUGCGCCCACUGCAACCAGGAGCUGGGCACUAGGAACUUCUUCGAGCGCGACGGCCGGCCGUACUGCGAGCCCGACUACCACAACCUCUUCUCGCCCAGAUGCGCCUACUGCAAUGGCCCGAUCCUCGACAAAUGCGUGACGGCGCUGGAAAAGACCUGGCACACGGAGCACUUCUUCUGUGCUCAGUGCGGACAGCAGUUCGGAGAAGAUGGUUUUCAUGAACGGGACGGCAAACCGUACUGCCGUGCCGAUUACUUCGACAUGUUCGCGCCCAAGUGCGGAGGCUGCAGCAAGCCUAUCAUGGAAAACUACAUUUCCGCACUUAACACCCAGUGGCAUCCUGAUUGCUUUGUCUGCAAGGAAUGCCGCGAGCCCUUCCACGGCGGCUCGUUCUUCGAGCACGAAGGGCAGCCCUACUGCGAGACGCACUACCACGGCAAGCGCGGCUCCCUCUGCGCCGGCUGCCACAAGCCCAUCGCCGGCCGCUGCAUCACCGCCAUGUUCCGCAAGUUCCAUCCUGAACACUUCGUCUGCGCCUUCUGUCUGAGGCAACUUAAUAAGGGCACGUUCAAAGAACAGAACGAUAAGCCGUACUGUCAUACGUGCUUUGAGAAACUCUUCGGUUAGACGAGAGAUGGCGCUGUUGUCAAAUACGAGGCGCUUUCGGUAAAGAGCUGUUGAUUAAACAUUAAAACUGUCAACGAACAGUGCGACGCCGCUUCUAUUUCUUUUUGAACCUAUAAGGAAUACAAUCAUAAGUAAUGAAACAAUAAGACACAAAAAGCCCUAUUAUUGUUCAUCGUCCUUCCGCAAGUUCCACGAAGGGCAGUGCUGCGAGACUCAAUGCCACGGCAAGCGCGGCUCGCUGUACCACCGCUAUGUUCAGAGUUAGACGAGAGAUGGCGCUGUUGUUAAAGUUUAAACACGCUUUCAGUAAAGUACAGAGAUGCUGAUUUAAAGAUACAUCUGGACGUCGCAAUUGCGUCUAAAAUCACAAUAAACUACUUGUGAUUUCAUGCCAUUAUCGCUUUUUUAAAUUGCCAAAUUAAACGCCAGGAGCCUAUUUUCCCUGCGUCCUAUUACCAUGACUAGCAGUAAGUAGUAAAAAUUGGUACUUGUUACCAGAUCUACACAGUAUUUAAACAUUUGCUAUGAGGCGACACAACCACGAUAGAUUAGACCGAUAUAUCGACAAAUAAUGAGAAGAAUCUGGUAUACAAAUAUACUGUAUCUUUCACUAUUUUAUCAAUUGCCAUUUAAAAUGAUUACAAUGUUUAACCUGUCGUCUACCAUCACGCUGUCAAAAAAAAAGAACGUUACAGAAACCAUGGCUCAUUCGCAGGAUGUGGAAAAAUUUGACAUUCUCUAUAAAUAUGCUCGUAAAUUAUGAUAGUGAUUUAUAAUUAUAACUUGUUUUAUUUAUUCUGGCUCUCAAUGAUAUAGGUUAUCGACAAAGGUAUAUUACUUUAGGAUAUACCUGUAAAAAUAUUGUUUAAACGCUUUUGAAAACCGUUUGACGCACCGACUCGCGUAACUUACUGUUUGUAACUUCGUAUUUCUGGAAAGUGAAGUUAUAUUCGGCACCAAUCUGUACUUCACUUCAUUGCGUUUGUAUUGGAUUACGACUAAUAGAAUAUAAUACGUAUUUUUAAUUAAAUAAAACUACUUUUCGACUGCAGAUAUCAAGACCGGAAAUCUCCGUCCGUAACAAAUUACGGGGUACAAAAUACUGGCCGGAGAUAUCCGGCCUGGGUACAUAAGAGGGGUGCUUCUUUUCUUAAAGGUUGGACAAAUGCGUAUGCCUGUUUUUUGGCCGGAGAUCUCCGGCUUGGGUAGACGACAGGUUAAUUAAUUAUUAUACGAUAUGUGUAACGUUUUGAAAUCUGGAAGUAAUUUUGUUUACAUAAACGGAUUUAAUAACUAAUGAUAACACGAAUCGAUUAUAAUAUAAGUAUAGAGGACAUCACACUGUGAUUACAUAAUUAUAUCACUUACAUUAUACCUAAAGAUGUUCGUUGUGACCGUAUUACGAUGUCUAGUACAAAAAGUAGUAACGUUUUAUGCCGAAAAGUAGACUUUCGAAAUCUCUUAUUGAAAUUUGUGAUUAUAAAUUUCUUAUUAUAAGAGUAGACGAUGAAAAUGUACAAAAAGUAGAAAUCGAGUAGUUAUUGUGCAACUAAAUACAUGUAAUUAUGAAUUGUCAAUAUUUCAUAAAUUAAUGAUAAAUGUUAUAAUACCAUUUAUAAAAUAAGGAAUAAUAAUGUAAUUGUAAUUCGUUUGUCACUUACAUAAAUGCAGGCACGGUGUUGUUUAUUUACUUACUUUAUUAAUUAUUAUAAACUCAUUUGUGUAAAUGAUAAAUAAAAUACAACUGAUUUACGUAAGAAUAUGUAUGUCUGUGUUGUAGAACUUUGUCUUUAUAACUUUUAACAUCAACUAUAAGAACAUUUAUGUAACAAUUACAUUUAUUUCACUAAAAUAAAUGUGUUUGCUAAUAUAAUUAAAAUCGCAUAGUUCUAAAACGCAUCCAUACCUAUAUAUAAUGCCAAUUUAGACGGCCUACUAAGAAAUGUUUGGUCUAACAGUCAAUACUUAAUGACAACAGAAGCUGAAUUUAAUGCCAACUCGAUGUUAGUAAACCCUGACUAAGUAACACCUAACUAGUGUAGUGUGAUAAAACUAAGUACUAAAUGAUCGACGAAUUUCACCGAAUUUAGGCACCGAUCGACAAAAAAAUAUUUAGUAAGCAAUGGAGCGGCCAGUACAACUUAUUUUAUUUUGACGCAAAAUGAUCAUCCAUUGUCAUAGAAAUUAAAUUAAAUACUUACUUUAAGUAUAAACUAACGAGUAAAAAAUGUAUCGGGAUGACUGGCGCAAACGAAAAGUCCCGUGAUCAUUUGCCCAUACAUUAUCCUCGUAAGGCCCAAUGUGCAUUACAAUGUACACUCUGUUUCAAUCUAAUUUGAACUAAGGUUCUGAAGUAGUAUUUCUUUUGUUUCAUUGUUUUCUAAAACAAAUGAAAGUCACCCUAAUCUUCUAUACAACAAGGUUCAAAUUAAAAAUAGGAAAACUUUGUAUGGUGGGCCUUACGAGGUUAUAAGAUUCGAUUUGCGUUUCGGCCCCUGAUGACGAUGAGAUGUUUACUCACGAGUUACGACCUAAUACAAACGGCCAGUUACAAUAUGUUGAAACAUGAGUCACACUUGCCUACUAUGAUACAUGUAGUAAGUAAGACUAGAUAUGACUCCAAAUCAUUUGGUUAAAAAACGUAUGACUCAUCACUGUCUCUUGUAAUAUUUAGAACUAUCUGGUGUUAAUAAGGAAUGUAUUGUGUAAGGAUGUUACUGAUGAAAUCUUCUGAAAUUAUUUCGGCUUAUAGUUAGCUCAAUCGCUUCACUGACAGCCUUGCAUUUCGUACGCAAAAGUGCAAUUAUAUAACAAAUUAUUGUAAGUACGCCUGUUAACUUAUUCUGUGGUACCUUGAGCACCUGAGCAUACCAUUUCAACAGUUAUUUAUAUUGUAACAAAUCUUGGCUGUAAACCUUUAAUUGCCAACCAAAUUUCAUGUUAUUUACCUGUAGGUAUUGUGAUGAUUUUUUUCAACGGUAGCUAAAUGCCAUUAAAUAUAUCGGGACAAUCUCAACCAUCGGGAAAAUAAAACUGUCUGCAAAUACAAAUGACAGUUGGCACAAUUCCACAGUAGGUGGAAUUUCCCCAUAUUAGAUAGUCUAUAUUACACACAUAAAGGGGCCUGUAGACGGGCCACAUUUUCACUGCAAUAUUUGGCCGGCAACUAUUGGUGUCCCUCUCUUACUCACAUGUUAGAGAAAUACACCAAUAGUUGCCGGCCACAUAUUGCAGUGAUAAUAUGCCCCGUCUACAGGCCCCAAAAUAUAGAAAUAGUGGCAGCAUUUGUCUCAUGGUUGCUAUUGACACGACUGAUCUUAUGCUUUAUGUGGUAUGAUAUGAUAUACCACCGCCCACACUGUUAACUGACAGUUCGUAAACCUUAAUACAAAAGGCAUAAGGUCCAAGAUUGCUGACUGUACAUACCUACUUAUUACGAAAGUAGUUACCCGUUUUACUUUCUACCUUUUAAUUGUUGAUGUGACAUGCACGUGCCUACGAGCUAUAAGCCGAUAUUUUUUUCUAGAAGCAUUGUUUGAAAUGUGUGAAAUAUCGAUUCCUACCAACCUUGGUACAACCUUUCAAUAAUGCAUAAUGAUACUUAUUUUCACCGUGUCAAGGUGUAUUUUAAACGACGCGUCGUAUUUUACGUGCAUUUUAUGUUAUACGCUUUGAUAAUCGAUAACGCGUUGUUAAGUUCUAAUUCUUCCAUUAGUGUUAAACGCUGUACAGUUAUAGCUUUUGUUAUGUUCAUAUAUUUUUAUUGCUGUGCGUUAUCGCAGGAAUAAUUAACAAUAUUGGUGUAUGGGAGUAACAUUCGUUUUGUAAAUCUCACAGUUGUGUAUUCUUUUUUAACUGUUGUUAAUAUGUUUGACAUAGACAUUUGACCAUGAUUCAGGAGUACUUCCCGUAGUUAUCACUAAGAAAAAAUCUUUGUUGUCAAUACCUACCGGGUUUUUUCGGUACCUAGUUACCAAAACAUACAAUCAAGAGGUCACUUUUAUACAAAGUGACCUGAACCCAUAUACCUACACCCGAUGGUGGUAGGAAUAGAGUUAACGAAAUAUAUUUUGCGCUGAUUUAACACUUGUAUGGCGAAUGAGUUCAAAUUAUAUGCUCUUAACUAUAUGUAGGUAACUAGUGGGAAAUAGAGCAGUAGAUAAUAUGAUAAUUUUGGCCUAAUACUUUUUGUGUGGAUUAAAUAGUCUUAUGUUUAUACCAUGAAGGUACAAACCUAAAGUAAACUACACAGUACAAAUCGUAUCAAACCUAAACUUUAGUCAACUUCAUACAGAUAUUAUAAUGAAGUCUUGAGAUUUUUUUUACCUAAACUAAUAUGUAAUAGUAACGAAAUGACUUGUUUUAUUACCGUAGUGUUACUUCCAUCGCCAGUUUGUUUUGUCAGUUAUCUAGGAGUAGUGAGCAAGUGCCAAACGCCGGCAGUUGUGGCGCCGCCGCCGUCCGCCCAGCUGAUUAACGGUUCAACUAAAACUGUGCCUUACGCCAACGCGUUUAAACUGUUUGAACAUAAUUGGUAGAACGUAAACGCCUGCUGUAAGGCACUUCGUUGAAUUGUUAAUGUUCAUAUUGGUUUAGAUUAUGGUUAAAAUUAGCCUUGACAAUUGUUUUUGUUACUUUAACUGAUUAUAAACGAUUAGGAAAUCAGAUAAUUCCUUUUGUUUUUGCUAGCGAUUCCUAUACACUUAUCAGUAUUAAAAAUCAUGUGCCUAAUGAUAUAAUUAUACUUUAUUUGUAACUAAAAGCCAAUGUCAUCCAGAUAUUUACUUUGAAUGUUAAUUACCAGAAUAAACAUAGUAGCAAGGUCAUUGCUAGGUAAUAAUGUAAAUACGUAUUGUUGUAACAGCUGGGCGGGCCUUAUGUUAUGUUAAUCGCUUCGCUUGCGGUGGACGGGCCGCGUAACUUGGGUAGACGUAAUGGAUGUAAAACGUAGAGUAAGGAACGAUUUUAUUGAAUCUGUAAUAUUUUAACAAAAUAUAUUUAAUGUUUUUUA